GUGCUCAGUUCGAGUGCCUGCCUGAUUUCUGUUUUCACGCACUGCCAACGGCCGCCAUGAUACUCUCAGGAAUCGCGAGCCGUCUCUCCCUGGCAUCUUGCUACGGCAUUGCCUUGGUUACAUGUCAGGACUUUGAUCCUAAUGCAGCGGGACCGCAAUACUGGGAUCCCGCAAAGGUUGGCACCAACAUGACUACUAAUGCGACUUACUCGAAUCCUGUCAUGACUUUGAACAUUGGCGAUCCAUUCAUGGCAAAGUACAGUGCAGACGGCGAAGACUGGUAUAUAUUCACUUACACGACCAACGAUAACAUAACCUUGAAGCGAUCGAAGUCACUCACGGACAACUGGGAUCUCGCUGAGACUCGCACCGUUUUCAAACCAGACCCCACCGGCGAUGAUAGUGGACAGCCGUGGUCGACUGAUAUUUGGGCCCCAGAGAUCCAUAAUAUAUCGGGCUCGUGGUAUAUAAUUUUCACUGCUACUCCGGAUUACGAUAACCCUCCUCCACUGCAGGAUGCGUUGUGCCCAAUUAAUUGCCCAGCUAUCAACCAUCGCAUGUUCGUUCUUGAGGGCAGCGGUUCCGAUCCAUGGAAAGCAGAAUUUAGCUUGAAGGGAAUGCUCAACUCAUACGACCAGUUCGCCAUUGACGGAACCUACUUUGUCAAAAAUGAAAAGCUGUACCACGUCUAUUCCUGCUGGGAGCAUGCGUACUCCGCAUGGCCAGCCAACCUGUGCAUUACCGAGAUGUCUGAUCGCUGGACCGUCAAGAGCAACUUGAGCGACCGCCGCAUGAUCUCUAUCCCAGACCAACCCUGGGAGCAAGUUCCCUACGGCCGUCCCAUCCGACUCGCUACCAACGAAGGGCCGCAACAACUAAGAAAUCCCAAGACGGGUCAGGACUUCAUCAUCUACUCGGCCGCUCGCGUAAAUACACCUUUCUACUGUCUCGGCAUGCUGGAGUUGACUGGCAAUGAUCCGAUGCAGUAUCAAUCGUGGACCAAGCAUACCAAAGGAUGUGUGUUCCACCAGAACACGGCAUCGGGGGUGUACGGGACGGGCCAUGCGAGUUUUAUAACUUCGCCGGAUGGGACGGAGGAUUACCUUGUCUACCAUGCGCAAACGACGCCCAAUCCGGCCGCGAAUCUGUACCGAACAGCGAGGAUCCAGAAAUUCACAUGGAAUGAGGACGGAACGCCUAGGUUUCCACUGGCGGAGAAUGGGCCGUUUGAUGUCCCUUCUGGACAGGAGGAUGUGUAUCGGCGGUUAUGAUAACGAUGACCAAAACAUAUGAUGAUUCAAGGGAAAGUCAUGGCAUAAAUCUUGGGCUUUUGCACUGCAUCUACCUUGGAUGUGUUAUGUAUGAUUCCCAAUGCUUUGUUAAGACCAGGACCGUAUAACCCAAAUAUCCAAUUAAACUUAGCCUAAUAGAGGUUACACUGUGUUGUUUGUGCACAAAGAAUAUUGUCCAUUUCUAU